CUAAUUGGUAUGGAGUGAAUUAUCAUGAUCACUUUCCCAUACUUGGAAGCAUUAAAUGCCAUGAGUUUCUAAUAUAAAUGGCGCAAGAGCUGUUAUACGAUCGUCAUGUGCGAUACUUCAAGAUGGUGCUCACUGCACUGCCGUCUCGUCUCCAGUCAGAGGCUUCAAACAAGCUGAUGAUCAUGUACUGUGCAAUAGGAGGGUUGGGUAUACUGGACUACAAGUUCACUCAAGAUGAGAUCAAACUGUACACGGAGUACGUCUAUAGCCUGUUGGUUCCAUCAGGGGAGGGAUUCAGAGGAUCGCAUAUACAUGAGCUGAUCUCUAGUGAGUACGAUAGGCCUACGAUUGCCAACACAUACUGCGCAUUGUGUAUCCUCACAAUGCUCGGAGAUGACUUCCACACGCGAUUGGACUCAGAGUUGAUAAUGUCAUAUGUCUCGAGAUGUCAGCUGGCUGAUGGAUCCAUAAAGUCUCUGCUAGACUCUACUGGUGAGCCCUGUGGAGAAGGUGAUCUGAGAUAGAGCUAUAUGGCCGUGAG